AUGGAUGUGAGGAUGCGGAGGCUUAAAGCAGUGGAGAUUACACUCCUCAUAUGGGUGCUGAAAAACACCGCGGCGCACGCUGCAUCUCAGAGGUGUGAUGAGGUUCUGGCGAGUCCUCUCCCGUACAGCGCCUUCAGCAGCUCCUCUAUGUUGGCUCCUGAUUUUGGCGCUGGCUACGCUAAACUCAAUCGCAGAGUCGGGAACGGAGGCUGGUCUCCGCUGGACUCUGACAGGUAUCGAUGGCUGCAGGUGGACCUCCGGGGCAGGAAACGGAUCACAGCCAUCGCAACGCAGGGUCGAUAUAGCAGUACCGACUGGACGAAACAGUACCGGCUGCUCUACAGUGACACAGCAACUAACUGGAAGCCUUAUAGGCAGGAUGGCAACAUAUGGACAUUUUCAGGUAACUGGAACUCAGAGCGAGUGGUGCGUCACGAGCUGCAGUACACCAUCAUGGCCCGUUAUCUGCGCUUUCUUCCCUUGGAAUGGAGUGCAGAAGGGCGAGUCGGGUUGAGGGUGGAGGUCUAUGGCUGCGCAUACUGGGCCGAUGUGAUCAGUUUCGACGGACAAGGCAUAAUCUCCUACCGUUUCCGACAGAAGAAGGUGAAGAGCCUGAAGGACAAAAUCUUGUUGAGGUUUAAGACCAGUAAAGGAGAUGGGCUUCUGCUCCACGGAGAGGGACAGCAGGGGGAUUACCUCAAUUUGGAGCUACGCAGGGCCAAACUGCUGCUACAGAUCAAUCUGGGUAGCAAUCAGUAUGGCUCCAUCCAAGGUCACACCUCGGUGUCCAGUGGCAGCCUGCUGGACGAUGACCAGUGGCACGCCGUGCGGAUCGAGAGAUACCGCCGCAGCGUGAACUUCACCCUGGAUGAACACACGCAGAGUUUCCGAACCAACGGAGAGUUUGACCAUCUUGACCUAGACUACGAGAUCAGUUUCGGUGGAAUGCCUUUAUCAGCCAAGCCCAGUUCAGGAGCUCCGCAGAACUUCGUUGGAUGUAUGGAGGGCAUCCACUACAACGGGGAGAACAUCACCAACCUCGCACGCAGGAAAAGAGUCGACACAUCCAGCUUUCGUAACCUGACGUACACAUGCAGAGCCUCAGCGACGUUCCCAGCCUUCUUUAACUCCAGCAGCACUCUACAGCUGCCGGGCCGCAGCGACGCAGACACUGUGUCGGUGAACCUGCAGUUCCGCACGUGGAGCCCCAGCGGCCUCCUUAUGUUCACGUCGUUAAUGCCUGGGGCAGUCGAAGUCAGCCUGGUGGAAGGCAAAGUGGUGGCGCACAUCUACAUCUCACAGGGGAAGAACACACGAGUGGACAUCUCCUCAGGUUCAGGCCUCAACGAUGGCCAGUGGCACAGUGUUCAUUUCCUGGCGCUAGAGAGCUUUGCGAUGCUCACCAUCAACGGGGACGAGACGUCGUCUGUCAGAACCACUCUCCCCAUCCUGAUCCGCACAGUGGGAGAUUACCACUUCGGAGGCUAUUUUCCACGGACGGACCUCUCGCCAUCUCAGCGCUCCUUCCACGGCUGCAUGCAGCUCAUCCACGUAGACGAGCAGCUGGUGGACCUGCACGCUGUAGAGCAGGGCAUGAUGGGAAGUUUUGAGAAUGUUAGCCUGGACAUGUGUGCCAUUAUCGACAGAUGUGUCCCGAACCCCUGUGAGCACGGAGGCCGGUGUUCUCAGACUGGAGAUGUGUUUAAAUGCUCCUGCGAUGGAACUGGAUACACCGGAGCGACCUGCCACACAUCGGUCUACGAGCAGUCGUGUGAGGAGUACAAGCACCUGGGCCGACGCUCAGACUCGUACUGGAUCGAUCCGGAUGGGAGCGGACCCCUCGAACCCUUUAAAGUCAGCUGCAACAUGACGGGUGAUAAAGUGUGGAUGAUGCUGAUGAACGAUCUGCCUGCUCAGAGUGCAGUGAACUCAGCGUCUGCUCCUGAUCAGGAAACUGUCCUGAAACUUGGUUACAAUGUGUCUCCAGAGCAGAUAAAUGCCGUCAUCAGUAACGCGGAGCACUGUGAGCAGCAUGUAGCCUACAUGUGUCGAAUGUCACGCCUCCUCAACUCGCCAGACGGUCCCCCGUAUAGCUGGUGGGUUGGCCGCGGAAACGAGAAGCACUUCUACUGGGGCGGCUCAGGGCCAGGAAUUCAGAAAUGCGCCUGCGGCAUCGAGCGCAACUGCACCAAUCCGAAGUUCUACUGCAACUGCGACGCAGACCAGAGACAAUGGCGUGAGGACGCAGGUGUGCUGAUGUAUAAGGACCAUCUGCCUGUUACUCAAGUGGUUGUUGGAGACUUACAGCGCUCCGGAUCCGAGGCCAAGCUCACCGUGGGACCUCUGCGCUGCCAAGGAGACCGAAACUUCUGGAAUGCCGCGUCUUUCAUCACCCCAGCAGCAUAUCUGCAUUUCCCUACAUUUCAAGCCGAGUCCAGUGCCGACAUCAGCUUCUACUUCAAGACCUCAUCCUCGCAUGGUAUCUUUUUGGAAAACCUAGGCAACAACGACUUUAUUCACAUCGAACUGAAAUCUACUAACGUGGUGUCCUUCUCCUUUGACGUGGGAAACGGGCCGGUGGAGCUGAACGUGCGCUCACCGACGCCCCUCAACAACAACCAAUGGCACAGGGUGGAGGCCGAGCGCAACGUGAAGGAAGCCGUACUACGAUUGGACAAAGUGUACAGAGACGUGCGUCCAGGUCCGCCCCAGGGCCACACCCGUCUCCAGCUCUUCAGCCAGCUCUUCGUUGGUGCCUCAGGAGGGCAGAGGGGAUUCCUGGGAUGCAUCCGCUCGCUCAGGAUGAACGGCGUGACCCUUGACUUGGAGGAGAGAGCCAAGGUGACUCCAGGAGUGAAGCCUGGAUGCUCAGGUCACUGCCCCAGCUACGGCGCACGCUGCCAGAACGGCGGCAAGUGUGUGGAGAAAUAUAACGGCUACACGUGUGACUGCAGCCUCACAGCCUUCGACGGACCCUACUGCUCUGAUGAUGUGGGCGGGUACUUUGAGAGCGGCACACUGGUCCGCUAUGACUUCAUGUCUGGAAGCAUCUUGUCUCCUGUGGCGAAGGGCGCAUUAGGAACUCUGAGUGUGGAAGGAAACCUGACGCAGGAGGAGCUCAGCUUCAGCUUCAGCACCUCUCACACCCCCUCCGUCCUGGCCUACAUCAGCUCCAGGACUCAGGACUAUCUGGCAGUGGUUCUGCGCCACAACGGUACGCUGCAGAUCCGCUACAACCUGGGCGGCCUGAAGGAGCCUUUCGUGAUCAGCCUGGAUCAGCGCAACCUGGCCAACAGUCAACCGCACAGCGUCAACAUCAGCCGACACGACCGAAUCAUUCACCUGCAGAUAGAUCAUUACCCCACCAUGAGCUACGCCCUCCCCGAAGCGUCUGACACCGAGUUCAACCUGAUCAAGACCAUUUUCCUCGGAAAAGUCUAUGAAACGGGUCAGGUGGACAGCGUGCUCAUCGAGCGUUAUAACACUCCAGGCUUCGUCGGCUGCCUCUCCAGGGUGCAGUUUAACCGCAUUGCGCCUCUGAAAGCGGCGUUGAGGCCGAAUGCUCCAUCCACCGCCUCCAUCCAGGGCGUGCUGGUGGAAUCCAACUGCGGCGCUUUACCGCUCACCAUCCCCGCCAUGUCGGUGACCUUCGACCCCUGGCAGCCUGACUCAGUUGGAAUCCAGUUACCGUUCGAUGACGAGGGAGUGAACCAGGAUGGAGUGAACCGCGACUCUGCGAUAAUCGGAGGCAUCAUUGCGGUUGUGAUCUUCUCCAUCCUCUGCACGCUGGUGUUCCUCGUGCGCCACAUGUUCCGCCACAAGGGUUCGUACCACACCAACGAAGCAAAGGGGGCGGAGUCUGCAGACUGUGCUGACGCCGCCAUCAUCGUGAAUGACCCCGCCUUCACAGAGACCAUCGAUGAGAGCAAGAAGGAGUGGUUUAUUUAA